GCAGGUGCUUCAGCAGCAGCGGCUCGUGCGGAAAACUGUUGUUUUCCUCCGUUUCUCAGCUGAAUAUUCACGUUCUCGCAGCUACAAUGUCGUCGUUCCAGCCCCUGAGGGCGUUCAUCAGUCAGAGACUGGCGGCCGCAGCCGAGGAGAUCUUCCGGGAGGUGGAGAGGACCGUGGUCCGGUACCAGGACCAGCCGGACCGGUACCAGGACCAGAGCUGGACCCCCGACCCGGACCAGAGCUGCUCAGACCUUCCUCAGCAACGCGUCUGUAAGGAGGAGGACGCUCUUGCCGAUCAGCAGAUCUGUAAUCAGGAGCAGAACUCCAGUGUGGACCGGGAGGAACCAGAACUUCCACGGGUGAAAGAGGAAGAGGAGGAACCAGAGCAGCUGGUUCUGAAGCAGGAGGCUGAAACCUUCACAGUUACUCCCACCCACCAGGAAUGUGCCUUCACUGAACCAGAACCUGAACCUAAGCAGCUUCACUGUCAUAACUCUCUGUUCAUGGAAAACCCAGAUCAAGAACUAGGCCUGAACCUGGACUCGGGGUCAGCUCCAGAUGUGGAGAUGAGUCCGAACAAGAGACUCAGAACCAGGACUGACGGUAAAAAUGUGGACCACUCUUACGUUUCCCAGAGUCAGCUGGAUACUCAGUCGACCGAAAAGCCCUUCAAAUGUGAGGUUUGUGGCAAAGCGUUCAGGUGGAAGUCGUUUAUAGAGCAGCAUUCACGCAUCCACACGGGCGUCAAGCCGUACGAGUGUAAAACGUGCGGGAAGAGAUUUACCCAGAAGUCCACGCUGGUGCAGCACGUGAGGAUCCACACGGGCGAGAGACCGUACUCCUGCGGGACGUGCGGGAAAGACUUCACCAACAGAAGUAACCUGAGGUCCCACAUGAUCGUCCACAUGCUGGAGAACUGUUGACCUUCACCUGGAAGUUAGUUUCACCAGGGAAUCCUGCUUUAUUAACCCGGAGGGGAUAUCAUACAAGGAUAUCACAUGUAGCAUCAGCGGUAGCACUGAUGGAGUCUGUCGGGAGUAGGGAUGGGCAUGAUCAGUCGACGAUCGAUCACUGAUCGUUAAGAAUUUUGUCGAUCAUGUGAAUUUCUUAUCGAUCAAAGUCUGGCAUCAAAAGAGGUUGUAUUGCACUGAUUCUUCAAGCAAAGUAGUGAAUUUCACUGCACUACUCAGACACCGGAGACUCCAGAAAAAAGACAUGCUAACAUGCUUAUCUUUAUCAACUAAAAUCAGUUGGCUGUUGUUGGGUUUAUUUUAUUUACUGUUAGAAGUGGACAGUCAUCACCACUGUGAGUAAAUUACUUUUGGUAAGUAUUUUCCCUCACCCUCACCAUUUUUCUCGGCUCCGUUCCGUUACGAAUAGUUUAAUGUUAUAUUUUGGCAAAACCUGUCAGUCCUAAGUAUUAUUAUAUUUUUGACUGAGUGUUUAAUGUGAUUGUGUUUUUGGAUUUUUUGUUUUGGAGCGUCAAUUGUGUUUUCGGGCGCCGGAUCUGCUGCUUAUGCAAUUUGAGCUGCCAAUUUAUCUGCCCAAAGAGUUGGACUGUUCUUAAAAUAAAUAUUUUAUUGAGGAACAACAUGGUGUAUUUUGUAUUUUUGUUGUAUUUUGUAAUACGAAAAACAUAAUGAUUAAUCGAUAAUUGAUCAGAUUAAUUUCCCUGAUCGCCGAUGAAGGACAGUUCAUCGAAUCCCCAUCCCGAGUCGGGAGACAACAGGGACAGGAAGUCGGCAGCAGGUCAACAUCCGGGAGCAGACGCUCUGCUGAACGCUGCAGUCGCUCCUGGUGAUGCUGCUCUGUUUGUCGUCUCAACGUCGACAAAACUCAACAGCUGACGCAGUUACGGGGAAAUGUAAUAAUUAGGGCUGUCAAAGUUAACGCGUUAAUAGCG